UGUUAAAAUUAAUAAGCAAUUAUAUCAUGACGGUUUCCAAUGUAGUCUAGGCACUGAUAGCUGUGCCGGUGAACAUUAUCUUCUCUGAUUUUACCACCAAUAUUCAAGUUAGUUUUAAUGAGAAAAAAAAAAAAAUACACUUAUCCCAUCACAUUAUUUUUCUUUGCAUAGUUUGAAGCUUUUAACAAUUAAGAGUUAGGGAAAAUUAUAUUAUGAUGGGAAUAGCAUGGAAUUCUCAUACCCUUGAAGUUGCAUACAGAGUGUUAGGAUGGAGUGGUUUCUUUCUUUGGUCCUGCAGUUUCUACCCUCAGCUUCUCUUGAAUUUCUUUAGGAAGAGUGUGGUUGGAUUGAAUUUCAAUUAUUUGUUGUUGAACAAUACCAAGCACACCUUGUAUCUCAUCUACAACACUUCCUUGUACUUCAGCUCUUCUGUGCGGUUUCAGUAUCAUCUCAAAUAUGGCUUCGACCAGAUGGUACCUGUUGCUGCAAAUGAUGUUGCAUUCUCAACACAUGCUGUUUUAUUGACGGGAGUGUUACUGUUUCAAUGUGCAAUAUAUGAGCGUGGGAAUCAAUCACUAUCAAAAGUGAGCAUAGGGAUAAUCUCUUUGGUGUGGAUUAUUGUCGGAGUUUGUUCCUUCAUAUCACUUCCUACUAAAUCUUGGCUUUGGCUUAUCUCCAUUUUCAACACAAUGCAAGUAAUUUUGGCAGUCAUCAAAUAUAUUCCACAGGCAGUUAUGAAUUUCAUGAGAAAGAGCACAGAUGGGUUUAGCAUUGGAAACGUGCUACUUGAUUUCUCAGGAGGAGUCACAAAUUAUGCCCAAAUGGUUGCCCAGUCAAUUGAUCAAAAUUCUUGGGUGAACUUCUCUGGUAACAUUGGCAAAGUGUUACUAUCCCUGGUUUCUGUAUUCUUUGAUGUUCUUUUCAUGUGUCAACACUACUUGUUGUAUCCUUCAAAGAAAGCAGCAUCAAUGUCACCUUCCAAACAGAAUAAUAGAGUGAAAGAGCCCCUUAUUAAGUCACCACUUGGGUCACCUGUGCCAUUGGAAAGAGUUUAGUUUCAAGUUAAUUUUAAGCUUGUCCAUAUGUACAGCAAAUCUGUGUUCAGUAGAAAUGUUUUCAUAUAAAAAUAUAGUUAAAAUAUUGAUAUGUAUUGUAUUAAAUUAUUGAACAAUUUUUAACUAAUUUUAUAUAAAGACA